AUGGCUACUCUGGCAGGCCUUUGUUUGGCAGUACUUCUUGGUCUAUACCUUACGGUCCUACCGUCUGAAUCUACCCCAGACCUCAAAGAUGAAAGAGGAAAAGCCUCUGUAAAUAACAAAGGUAUACUAGUUGAUGUGAUUCGACAGCCAGAAAAAGGAACCGAGAGAGGACCGGAGGCUUCAUACAUAAGAGGAAAACGUAAGUUCUGAAAAAUGUAACCUGGCUAAAUUGCCUUAAAUAUCAUGGUCAGUAUAGUAAUUAUUAGUGAGCUUACGCAACAGGACAGGAGAAGAAAUAAGACGUUGUAUGACGAUGCAUUUGGGUUGGCAUACCUGUUGAUUGAGUUAUUUCGCAAUGGUAUGCGUGGUGCGGACGGACGGGCGCACAGUCACCUGACUAAAAGUCACUACCAAAAUUUCUCGGAUGCAUAGAUAACCAAAUUUUCUUACCCAUGGUGCUCUUCUGCGCGAGAGCUUCGCUACAAAAUUCUUUGGGUUGAUCAAGAUCGGACACAGUGUUCGUCAAAGGUACUUAGGGGACAUAGUCACUGUUGUGACGGUCUGUCACAAAAAAACACAUUCAUGUUCACAUAUAGGGGCUACAUUUUACUUCAUAUAGCGUAAACUGCCACCUAAGCAGUCCAGAAAAAAUGUUCCAACUUGGCGUUUGAAGGACUAAGGAUGAUUGUUAUGAAUUUACAUGAAGCUCUUAGGAAGAUCUUAAUUUAUGAGUUGUUUUGUAGGAUCAAAGUCAUGGGGGUCUUGUAAACCAGUUUGUAGAAGACGAUGCCUACCUACAUGCAACCUGGUCUGCUGCAUAGCACCACCUUACGCUGUUCCAAGAAAGGUGGCGAAAAGGCUCGAGAAACAACCUCACAUUGGAUAUGCAAGAAAAAAGAGCGCUAUCAAAAAACAUACAAAGAAAGAGAAAACCGUAGCCAAGAAACUCACGAAGAAGAAAAAUAUAACAGCUAAGAACAAGAACAGAGGCGUGUGUAAAGUGAGUUGCCAAAAAGCCUGCCUGCCUUCCUGUGAGUUUAGAUGCUGUAUGACACCUAAAGAGAAACUGAAGGAAAACUGA